ACGCUUCGCAUCUUAAAAAGGGUGGAAUCUGAAAUUCCGACACGCUUUUUUCAAAGGCGUAAGGGCUCUCUGCUCUCUUCUUCUUCCUUUGUUUCGUUGAAUAUGGUUAGGGUUUCUUAGUCUCAGCCAUCGGAAUGUUGCAGGAAGCACCUCCUUCGCUGUUUGGCCUCUCCAAUUCCAAUUCGCGUGGCCACUUCGCCUCCGCCAUGCCUUGAUUUGUUUCUAACUCUUUCCUUCUCCUUUUUAUUUAGUGGUGGCAGUUCUGUUAUGGAAAUGCAUGAUGUUUCUGAAAAUAGGAGCACAGAUGCUUACUUGAUCGAAGGUACUGGUUUAAACCCACAGUUGACAAGCCCAAAUUUUCAACAAUUUGAAGCUAUGUUUAGCGAAGGAGCCCCUGAGUUUAUUGUUGAUCAGAACUUGUAUUACCCUUCUGCCACCAAUUAUGGGUAUUACUGUACAGGAUUUGAAUCACCUGUGGAAUGGGAGGACCACCAUAGGAUUUUUGGUGUAGAUGGUCCCGAGAUUCAGUACAUGGGUGCACAAAACGAAAGUUUUCCAUAUGUAUAUUAUACACCUAGCUAUGGAUAUGCACAGUCUCCAUACAAUCCAUACAACCCUUAUAUUCCUGGUGCUAUGAUGGGAGUUGAUGGCUCAUUCGGGGGAGCACAACAUUAUUACUCCCUUCCAAGUUAUCAAAACCCUGUUUCCUCACCUGGUUAUAUUCCUUUUGUUGUUCCACCAGACAAUUUACCUGAUAGUUUUGUUGAUCCAUUGAUCGAUACCAGUGCCUCUGUCAGCAAACCUGAUGGAAGAGGUUUUAAACAUAAGUUCAAUUCAGUUUCUGGUGCCUUUACUAAGAACUCUUCAAAACCAUUAUCAAAUCAGGCAAGUUCCUUGGCCAGGGUAUUAGAAGGGCCAAGGGCUAAUGCUGGGGCAAAGAAAGAUUCGAAUAUUGGAAGUGUUUCUGGCAGUGGUUUUCUCAACAUGACUCCAUCACCCAUCCAUGAGUCUGCUUCUGCCAAACUUCGUCCAAAGUUUCAUGUUGGAAAAGUACCAAGUGACGUAAAUAGUAACUCUGAUGUAUUGGGUGAGCAAAACCGAGGCCCUAGAAUUAGUAGAUCAAAACACCAGCUUUCUGUCAAAGCCUAUACAACCAAGGCAGGAGACGGUAACACACAUGGGAACAUCAUCAUUUAUACCGAUCAAUAUAACAGAGAGGAUUUCCCUCUUGAAUAUGAAAAUGCAAAAUUUUUUGUCAUAAAAUCUUAUAGUGAGGAUGAUGUUCACAAAAGCAUUAAAUAUAAUGUUUGGUCUUCAACUCCUCAUGGUAACAAGAAGCUGGAGAGUGCCUAUGAAGAUGCUAAGAGAAUAGCUGCAGGAAAAUCUGGAGGCUGCCCAAUCUUUCUUUUCUUUUCUGUUAAUGCGAGUGGGCAGUUUUGUGGGGUCGCUGAGAUGGUAGGCUCAGUUGACUUCAAUAAAGAUAUGGACUUUUGGCAACAGGAUAAAUGGAGUGGGAGCUUCCCUGUAAAGUGGCAUAUUAUAAAAGAUGUGCCAAAUGGAAGUUUUAGGCACAUUAUACUAGAGAACAAUGAAAGCAAGCCAGUAACUAAUAGCAGAGACACACAGGAGAUAAUGUAUAAGAAAGGUUUGGAAAUGCUGAAAAUAUUUAAAAGUCAUACUUUGAAGACAACUUUGCUUGAUGAUUUUAUGUACUAUGAGAACCGUCAGAAGAUAAUGCAGGAAGAGAAGGCAAAGUUGCUAAUUAAAAGUUUUCAAAAUCCAUUAUUGAUACCGACAAUGGAACCACCCCGGAAAUUGAAUUUUGUUGUAGAUGUUACGCAAGUCAAUGAUGAGAAGAAUUCAAAGACAGAUGAUAAGUUUGAUAGAUUGGUUUCUAGUGUUAAGGAGACUGUUCAAAGUUCUGAUGUCACUAGCACCAAGUCCACAAAUGAAAAGGCCGAGAAAACUACAGCUGACAAAGAGGAUAUUUCCUCCAUCUUAAAGAUUGGUUCAGUCAGUAUUACCCCAAAACAAGGCGAGACUAAACCUUCAUCCAUCGGCGUCAGUGAUAGGGAACCAGUUGAUAUUGUCACAGUGGGCUCGAUGCAAGUCAAAGUUAAUGGUUUUUCAGAGUCUUCGAGUGUCUUGAAGGUUGGGAGUAUCCCACUGGAUCGAAAAGCACUGCAGCUGGACAAAGGAACUGCUUAGUUAAAAGUGGAUCUGAUUCUCAAGGCACGAUUGGGUCUCUCUUGUUUUGUGCAGACUGCGUCGGUAUCUGCUUGAUUGUUUGAUACAGUUGGGAAGUUGGGUUUCUCUUUUUGUUUACUGCUCUGUUCUUUUACAUCUGAUACUGAUUGCUUUGAUACAAGGCUUAUACAGGAUGCAAUGGAUCUUUUGGGAGGUGUCUAUUCAAGAAUCUUCACUGAAAUAGUGUUAACUGUUUUCUUUUGUAUUUCGUUUUAUUUCGUUUCUCUGCA